AUGGCUGCUUUGACCCUCGAAUUACGAAGUGGCGACGAAGAAUCGAUUGAGUGUUGGGAUGACGAUGAAGACCUGCAAUGCUAUGAGGGAUUCCAGCUGCGCGCGGCAUCAAGUGCGACCUCUGUGACAAACUCAUCGGUCCACCAUUCAGUGCAUCGGGACUCCAUAUCUUCUCGUCGCUCUGCACGCUCGGACUUGGAAUCAAAUGGCGGUGGCGAUGAAGACUGGCAAGUUCAAUUGCUGGAUAACGAUGAGGUGAUCACUGAAGAGGCCAUUGCCUCUGCUAAAAGCGCUGGAAUACCUCUGCCUGUAAAUGUUCCUAAAUCAGCCCUUGUUGGUGGUACCAUCAAACGCCUUGGAUUGAGGAAAACCAACACAAAUGCGGUCGACGAUUGGGCUGAUGACGUGGAUUUUCCUGGUCCCGACGGAAUAAUGCAGUUGAGGGGGCCUUUGGAUACGUCUUUUCCUGAGGCGCUACGACAAGUCAGCUCCGCUGCAGUAAGUCCUAUUAAAGGAUCGGCAUCAGCUACAUGGGAUAGUGACAUCUCAACUCGACUACAACCGGCCUUACCAAUCCCAGCAAUCUCCCAAAUGGGCAACGACACGGACGACGCUCAUGAUAUCCCCACAAUCAAAGUUGCGAGACCUCGUUCGCCAGACAGACCCUCUCUUGUCAAUAGUCUCAUGUUUCAUAAGGACCACCGUUCAGGAGACGAUUUCGAGCAAGACUUUGAAUUGCCAAACGAUGAUAUUCCGCUGCGACUUGCUCCUCGCAAAGCCAAUGCAGGGCCCUUUAGCCCUUCUACAGAAGAAAUCGAGUUGGAUUGGUCCGAAGGCAGUAUUGGGGUCAGGUUUGGUGGGACCACAAGGGAGCAUCGAUCGAACCCGUCAUCUAUGUCCAUUGUGAGCCCGAGCGCUUCUAGCUGUCUCACGGCUGAAAGUGAAGACGACGGCCUCGAUGGUCUCGUUAUUCCUGAAGAGCCUUUAGACUUAGAAUCACAUUUCAAGAAACGGGGAGGGCCUGUAGAUCAAGACCUGGCUUACGCAAAACCUCCUUGUGCCAGUCAAGCUUCAACUAAGAGCGACGAUUUUUUUUCGGGACUUGAGAUUGAGGACGGACUUUUUGAUCCUCAAAGGCUUUCAAUAAACCCGAAUAUCAAGUGCAAACCGGAAAAUUCUCGAAGUCCUGUGCGACACUCCACAACGACUCUCACGUUUACUAACAUGGCAAUAUCUCCUAAGUCUCGGAUUCCGCGUCCGUCCGGUCCAGAUCGCCCACACUCGACACAUUUAGAGACUGUCUCGGAGAGCGGUGCGCCCCUUCGGUUCAGGGGAUUACAGAGCCUAGUUGGGAACCAUUCAGCACAGCAUUCUGUGUCCAGCCUCCCCUCCGUUCAGCAAUCUUCGACGUCUCAUCGACGGCACACAAGUCGAAUGAACAAGGAAGCUUUUGCAAGCGACGGUGUCACUUUUGGCAGGUAUCUGGCAUCGAAGCGUUCAAUGCCAAAAAUGCGUGAUGCACAGCACAGCGCCACGUCGUCCUUUGGUCAACGUCUUUCCACCUAUUCUGAUGUGCCAGGUAUAAUAUCUCAAUCUGUGCACCGUCCUAAAACCCCAGUAGAUCGAUCGGGGCACGACGUGAAACACCUCAUGCGAAAGGCACAAGUGCCAUUCAUUCCUGCUGGAGCAUCAGAAAAGCAGUCGCACCAUGCAAGCCUUAAGAACCACCGUCAUAGUCGUCGAAAUAACCUUGAUAGUUCGAACGAUUCAUUAUUCACAAGCUAUGCCGCUCGAUCCUCGCGAAAUCGUCAUGACAUGGGUAGCAAGAGUCAUUCUGAAUCUAGUCCAGAGGCCCUGACCACUGUCACUAAACGCACUCUCACUCGACCAACUCGACGGCGGAAUUUUGGAGAUGGAUCGGAAUUGGCUCUGUUCGAUGAUUUGCCUACAUCUACCUCUGCGGAAAGUAGAUUUGUAAAACAUCCCUCCGGACGGGGUGUCCCACGAUCAUUCCGAAAUAAGCUGGGUCACAGCCCGACUGUUUCUCCCGAAGCAGAAGCAAUCACCCGGUCAACCCUCAGUAACUUGGGCGCGUCUCUCAACUUCGGUAACACCCCCAGGUUUGCACGAGACACUAAUGCAUCAAGAAAUGCGAGGGAACAGCGCAUAGCCUCUUUAUCAUCUAACUCCAAACUCCGCGAGAGCCAUCCACUUGCUUCUCUUGGCUCGAAUGCAAGAACCUCCAAUACCUCCCGGAUGCCUUCCAGCUCGGUUGCCAGCAGAGGCAAGAAGGGUAAAGCUACUGCGCUGCUUGGUUCUAGACCCCAUCUAAUUAAGCCACUAGGCACCGGUGUACAGGAGGCCAAGUCUAUCAAUGGUAUGCGAUACAAUCCAAAAUCCUUCUCUUGGGAGGGGAAUGAGAAUUUGGUUCGUGCCUUUGACACAAGUGCACCAAAAUCUCCAAAGCCAACACCCGCUCUCAUCACAAAUAUCGGAGCCAUGCAGAACGUGCAGGUUGUUGGCGGGAUGGUAUUUGACCCGCGACGUAUGUGCUGGCUGAAACUGGCGCCGUCACAGCCUGGGCAGGAUGGGUUGGUGGCUGUCCAGGACGAAGAUGAUGUCUUCGCUGGUCUCGAUGACUUGAAAGAAGGCUCUGACAUGGUAGGUGGGCGAUCAUCAACUAAUCAUGAGGACCUUUGUCUUGCAGCAAGCGGAGACGACCGAAGCUACGGCGGCUCCUCAGACGAAUGGCCUAUAACGGAGGAAUUUGAUGUUGGGCCCGAGUUUAUCAGGAGACAGCGCGCUGAGGAGGAUAAAUGGAGACGCAAGGUGGAAAAAUGGACGAGACGUGAUUGUGCAAAGCUCGGAGAUGGCUGGAGAUGGGGUAUCCGAGAUUUGGUACGAUUUAAUGGGACUGUCAGUGCCCCGGGUGUUCACAAUGUAUGA